AUGGCUGAGGGAUCAGAGCCAGCCAGCGUCGAUUUCAGUAUCUGCACUGAUGAUCUGCAUGAGGGGACUGAGUACAGCAUCAGCAAAUUUGCAGAUGACACCAAGCUGGGUGUGAGUGUGGAUGUGCUGGAGGAGAGGAGGGCUCUGCAGAGGGCCCUGGACAGGCUGGAUCCAGGGCCCAAAUCCAACAAGGUGGCCAUCAAAAGGGUGCCUCGGAACCGCAUCUGGCACUGGAGCGAGCUGCCCGACGGCACCAGCGCUCCCCUGGAGGUUGUGCUGCUGGACAAGGUGUCCACUGCACGGGGGUUGCUGUCCGAGGAGGUGGCGCGGCAGCUGUUCCGCCAGGUGCUGGAGGCCGUGCGGCACUGCACCAGCUGCGGGGUCCUGCACCGCGACAUCAAACCAGAGAACAUCCUGGUUGAUCUGGCCACCGGGCAGGCCAAAUUGAUUGACUUUGGCUGUGGCACCUACCUACAAGAGACAGCCUACACUCACUUUGCAGGAACACCAUCAUACAGCCCCCCGGAAUGGACCCGCUUUGGCUGGUACCAUGGCGAGCCAGCUACCAUCUGGUCCCUGGGCAUCCUGCUGCACGAGAUGGUCUGUGGGAAGAUGCCUUUCAGGAGGGGCUGGAACUUCAGCUGGGGCCAGCUCUCGCUGCCACAACAGCUCUCUCCAGAGUGCCAAAAUCUGAUUGGGUGGUGUUUAUCCAUGCACCCCUUGGCCAGACCCUCAUUAGAAGAGGUGUUCUGUCAUCCUUGGAUGCAGGAUAUUGAUCUGCCCUAGAAGAAGGGAGAGAGCCACAGGCACACUGUGCUGCAGGGCCCUGGGAAGGAGAAGGAGCCCCCAGAGAAGCUGUACCGGGUGGGGCUGCUGCUGCAGGAGACAGUGAGGAUGACAUGAAGGAUGACAUGAAGGAUGACAACCUCUUCCUCAACCUGGCCACCAGCAGUUGAAGAGGAAGCAUUCUGGUUGGUCCAGUCUGGAUCGGGAAGUUCUUGAGAGCAGCUGUGGCGUGGAUGGGCCGUGUCCUUGGAGCAGGCUGAGGACAUCGUUUGGGACCAGCUUUUCUUCCAGCCAUGGAUGGCAUG